AUGGAAGGGAGAUGGGUUGAAGUUUUCCGCGACCGAAAUGGAGAUCUUGGGGACGAUUCUGGGUUCUGCUCUGGCGAGUGCAUGGUCCUCUGUUUAUGCUGCAGCGAAACAGGGGAGCUCUAUUUUUGCCGGGAGCAACUGGGCGGCGUCGGCGGCGAUGGUGAAUGGAAAUUCGAUCGGGAAAUCGGGUUUGAGAAAACAGAGUCGACAGAUUCGAAUUCCUCGAGGAACGCGGUGCUGAACCUGAUCAAGAGGAUGAAGCUGGACAUAUUCGUGCAGAUCGUGAUCAACGGCGCGCACAAUGCGCCCUUCUUCGUGACGCGGUUCAGGGAGGCGAUGUUCCACUUCUCGUCGCUGUUCGACAUUUUCGAGUGCACGCUGGGGCGGGAGGACCUGGAGCUGAUGAACGCGGUGGCGGCGGAAGGCGCGGAGAGGGUGGAGCGGCCGGAGACGUACAUUUAG